CCCCACUUACACGUUAGAGUCUGAUCAGUAUACACUUUACAUUCAGAUAAGUAUCAGCAGGACGACAGCCACGCGCUCGUUGCUGGACCGGACUAAAUGCGAAAAGUAGAUUCGAAUCCAUGGAUACCAGCUGUGCGUCACAUCCGGGUACGGCUCGUGACACAGUCUGUCAUGGCUGCAAUAGGGUCAUCUGCCAAAGAUGUGUGCAAGAGAACCACGCAUGCUCAGCCACGAACCAAGCGGACAGAUUUGAAAAGCUGUCUACAUCCUCCCUAGCCAAAUGCAUUACGGUACUUGCUACACACGUGAAGAACCUCGUACCACGUGUUGAUGACGUCAUCAAGCAGCGUAAACCGAAAGAGGAAUUAUUUCGCAUGUCGAAAACGGAAGUAUCUCAAAGCAUAGAUAGCAUUGGAGUCUUGUUCGAAACUGCAACACUAAAAAUGAAAGACUCGCUCCAGAACCUGAGAAGAGAUGUCACUGGCAAGUCAGAGCACACGUGCUCGCAACAUGCCUUGCAAUUGAAGAAAGCCAUGGAUGCUGAUCUCGCGCGAUUCACACAACUGUCCAAAUGUCCCACUGAAUGGAGUGUACCAGAACUUCUAAAAGAAUUCGAAACAUUAAGGAAAAAUCAUCAUAAGUACGAAGCGACAAUACCGGACCUUCUGCUCGCUGAGGAAUGCAACACAUUGCGUCUUCUAGCUAAGGAAGAGUUCGUCACACUGUGUAGAUCACUGGUUAACUGUGAUCACGAUUCUGUUAAUAUCACAUCUCACAAGGGAAUUGCAACAGAGGAAUUGAAAUUCGGUGACAAAAAGAAUAGCAUAUUCUUUGGAAGUGACGCUAGUGAACUUGAGAAUAAGAAUUUGGUCCCGAUUUGUAAGAUUCACGCAAAAUCGGGAAAUUCUUGGAAGCAUGAAAUGUGUUCCUUCAGUGAUGUAGUUUUGAUCUCCAAUACUGUGCUUGUGGUAGAUCGACAAAGGCUAAAGGUCAAGAGAUUCAAUCUGCAACAGGAAAUGAUUGAUUGGGUGCGCAUCACUGGUCCCUAUGGUUUGACCAUUUUACGGGGAACUGAUGACGUCAUUGUGACACAACCUAACGACAAAUCCCUCACUCGUGUCAGUACUACGACUGGUCUAAAAAUCGUCAGGACAGCACGCGUCGAAUUUCCUUACUAUAUCAUUAAGGAGGUGGACGAAACUCGGCUGGUUGCAUCCACCAUCGCCGCCCCCGCAGAUAUGAUCUCACUGAGCACUGACGAGCACAAGUCUGCACUCGCCAUGAACACCCGUAUCCAUUUGAUACAACAUGACGGCCAGCUUUUGCAGGUGCUUCAUUUGACAGACACUAGCUACGAAAGGUUGCAUGGUACAAAUUUAUUUCCAGAUUUCGAGUCUUUUACAAUUCCCAGUGACGAUCGUAUUGUUAUACGUCUGACAAACGUGGAAGGUAGUAACUUCAUCGCGUCUUUUACGCUGGACGGGAAGCCACUAUGGUUAUACCAGCCACCCGGAACAUCUCGGGGUCUAACCAGCAAGGCAGGUUUGAUAUAUACUUUUAUAGGUAACGCGGAGAGGCAGCUGACAGUCCUGACAUCGGCCGGGAAGGCUGUGAAGACGGCCCGUUUAGAGGACUACUCUGGCAGAGGAAACAUUCUCCAUGCAGGCGAGAAGGGAAUAGCAUUGGUAGACUUCUCCAACACCAUUCGGAUAUUCCCUUAUCCAUGAUUCUACGAUAAAAUAAACUGUUUCACACGAUACUCAUACUGUAACCACCAUACUUGUCAUAUAUACGACUUUACUCUUUCCUGCCGAAACCAAACAAAAGAUUAGAGACUCCGGAGCUAUUAACACCGUUCUGAGUGCACAUUCUAUUCUGGAAGCCCAUGGAACUCAUAUCUUCAAUAUGAAGCUAAUUCAUAAGAAUUUUGAUGAUAAUUGUCCUAAAGUGUUUUUCACAUGCAGACGGAUAACAAAUCAGUCAAAAAUUUUAAUGUUCAAAGUUAACUUAAGGCUUUGUGCCCGUUAGUGCCUGAUGCUUAAGAUCACAUUAUUUCUUAUUUGCAAACUUCGUUAGUACAUUUUCCUAACAAGCAAAGCCCUGUGAUAUGAGAGACGCUCAAUAACUUAGUUAGGUUUUUACGAACCAAACUCGAUAGGGCUUUGGAACUCAAUAAAAAAAAAUCAAACGUUAAAUCCAUGUUCAACUCCCAUACGGGAGGGAAGUUAAUUCUUUCUACAUAUUUGAUAUUUAUUAUAUUUCACGUGUACAGAUACGGUAAGACGUACCAGGCGUAUAUGUCAUACGGUUAAAAAAAAGUGAAGAGAAAUUCGAUCUACAAGGAUGUAGCUCGGAUAUCAUUAAGUUCGGUUGUGUGACAUUAACAUUGAUAUAAAUCCGGAAUUAUUUAAUUCAUCUACGGCAGCAGUUACCCGGUAGAUAACCUUUCAGUUUAAAAAAUAAACUUGAUUUAUUUUACAACAAUUAUGAAAUAAGUUAUUUCAACUUAAAUUAAUCACUCUUGUUGGCCCGGAUGUUAGCGCUCGGGAGGUCUUAUUGCGGGAGGAAACCGAAGUACCCGGAGAAAACCCACUUGGUCGGGCAGGUAACCCCAUACCUUUUCACGUCCGAUCGGGGAAUCGAACCCCGGCCGCCUUUGUGAAAGUCAAGUGCGCUAUCCACUGCACCACCCGACCACCCAGUUUCAGUUUAACCAGCAUGAUGAGAGGUACUAGGAUUGAAAUAUUUCAAUAGUAAUGUAACUAAUAGACUUUUUUCCCACUUUUAACAAUUUCCUUCAAAAGAUGCUAUAUACCUGUUUAAAAUUUUGUCCACUACAUAAACUCAAUAUUUCACUCAUGUAUCCUGUUAAACGGGAAAUACCUGUACAUGUGUUGGAAUAUCUUAUAACCUGUUAUAUCAACGCGAUUACGGAAAUAAUGACCCUCAUUUUGUUUGUAUAUUAUGUUAUUGUACACCGGAAGUUAGCAUUAUCAAACAUCCGCUAUUAACUGUAUGGUCGUUGUGUCGUCGGUCACCGGGAAAUAGAAUGCAUAC